AUGGAUAAAAUAGAUGCACCUCCUAGCCAUCCACCGCCUCCACCCCUAAAACGGUUUGAUGCACCCAAGAUAACUCUGCAAAUACCAACUCCUGGUCAAUAUCGUGGUCCAAACACGUCUUCUUCAAUAUAUUGGGGUCCAACUAAUACCAAAUACUAUGGAAAGCCCGUUGUUACUCCAGCUUCCCAUAUAUCUGAUCAUCAUAUGAAUCCUUUCAUGCAUAUGUACUCAAAUAAAGCAUCAGAUUUUAUGUUCAAGCAAUUUGAGGGUUUUAAGGACUUUACAAUGAAUACAGCGAAGAGUGGUUUAAGUGUGGGUGAGAAAAGUGCAUUUUGGUUCUACAAUAAAUUGAAGAUCCUGUCUAAGAAGUGGUUCACGCAUUUCUUUUUGACUUUGUGUUUGGUGUUAUACAGUAUAAUGGGUGCUGCUAUUUUCAUGACUUUAGAAGGGCCCUAUGAGGAAAAGUAUGACAAGAACUUGAUACAAAUACGAACAGAGUUUGCUGUGAAAAUCCAAGACAAAUUAAUAAAAAAUCAGAGUUUAUUAAAGAAUAGUCCCAACUUUUUUAUCAUCGUCGAAGAAAAUCUGGAGAACUACGAAGAAAGCUUCAAAGAGUAUAUGAAACAUGUUAACAACAAUGACACUAAGAAAAAGACGUGGUCGUUUUGGAACUCCAUGUUUUACGCUGGCACCAUUUAUACUACCAUAGGUAACAAUAUUUUAAAAGAACAUAGUGUUAAAAACCUAAUAUCAACCUUUUCCAUUUUGUUUGUUUACGUUUUACUCCACAAGACGCCCAAAAUAGAUUCUUUUAAUAGACUGGCAGCGACCCCAAUGUUUAGAAAAGCUCUUCAAGAUGGGGGCGAUUUUAAUCAGAUA